CUCUUCCUCCGAAGAGAAGUUUUUCUCUCUCUCCCUCUCGUGUUGAAUCGAUCAUGGCGUCGAUGCGUCGCGCCCGCAAACCCGGCUUCAAGGAAUUGGAGCCGCCGCCGAUCCCCGCCCACUUCCGAUGCCCGAUAUCUCUCGACUUGAUGAGGGACCCCGUGACGGCCCCGUCGGGGAUCACCUACGACCGCCGGAGCAUCGAGGCGUGGCUCGACAUGGGCAACGCCACUUGCCCCGUCACGAACCGCGACAUUGGCUCCGAACCGGAGCUCAUCCCGAACCACUCGCUCCGGAGGGUGAUCCAGGAUUGGUGCGUCGCGAACCGCUCGGUCUACGGGAUCGAGCGGAUCCCCACCCCGAAAAUCCCGGUGACCGCCGCCCAGGUGACGGAGAUCCUAUCGGAGAUCGCCGAUGUCUCUGGCGGGGCGCGUGACGAGUCCCGGGCCUCCGAAUUGGCGGCGAAAGUGAAAGGCUUGGUCGGAGAGAGCGAGCGGAACCGGCGGUGCUUCGUGGGGAACGGCGCGGGGCGGGUGCUUGCCGAGGCUUUCGUGUUGUGGAGCUCGGCCCGACCGGGGCCCCUCGAGGGCAUCCUGUCAGCUUUAAUAUCCGUGUCACCGCUCAACGAAGAGACUCUCCAGGUGAUCGCCGUCGGCUCGCCGAGCGCCCUCCGAUCGAUCGUGGAGAUCUUAAAAUCCGGCGGCCUGGCGGCGCGGCUCAACGCAGCGUUACUUAUCAACCAACUCCUCGUGUCGUCGAGCCGAGAGCGUGCCGCAGAAGCCGACGGGCUAGUGGAAGGUUUAUUCAGCCUCAUCAAGAGGCCCAUAUCGGCGCAAGCGACGAAGGCGGCCCUCGUUGCCGCCUUCCGCCUCGUCGCAUACGACAAGCGCACCGCCGCGAGGUUCGCCGAGCUGGGCCUCGUCCCGUUGCUGCUCGAAGCCCUCGUCGACGCCGAUAGGAGCUUCUGCGAGAGGGCGCUCGCGGUGCUCGACGCGGUGCUGAGCUCCCCGAGGGCGAAGGCGGAGUCGCGCGAUCACGCGCUGACCGUGCCGGUCUUGCUGAAGAAGAUGUUCCGGGUAUCGGACAUGGCGACGGAGCUCGUCGUCUCGGCGCUUUACAAGCUGUUCAAGGGCUCUAAUGGCGAAGUACAAGAAGGAGAAGUAGUAGUAGAAGAAGAAGAAGAAGAAGAAGAAGAAGAAGAAGAAGAAGAAGAGAAGAGGAGGAGAGAGGGCGUGAUAGUAGAAGCUCUACAGCUGGGGGCUUUUCAGAAGCUGCUGCUGCUGCUUCAGGUGGGGUGUAGUGGGGAGACAAAGGAGAGGGCCACAAGGUUGCUUAAGAUGUUGAAUGGGCACAGUGGUAGUGUUGGGUGCGUCGAUUCUAUGGAUUUUAGGGGGAUAAAGAGACCAACUCAAUCAUUUAAUAAGUGAUCGAACGAUAAGAUCAAAUUUUUCCCUUUUUUUUUUUUUUUUACAUGAAAAUUUUGGAUACAAUAGUGUGAUUGGUAUACAUGUACAAACACAAACUAAUUAAUGUGUUAGUCGUAAACAUUACAGUGUUUGGUCAUUCCAUUAGU